AUGUGCAUUGACACACUCAGUCCAAGGCCAAAUAUCGAGCAAAAACAAAAAGUCGACAGCCAAAGUCUUUGGUAUUUUAUACGGCGGGACCAUCGUCUGCGGCAGGACCACCGGCUAGUAGAAGAACAUCAGCGCCAGAAAAAACAACCAGCUACACCAUCAGCAGCAUCAAGAUCGGAUCCUUUUACAUCAUCUUCAGGAGGAACACGCAUCAAUAAGGAAAUUUUAAAAACUGUACGGCCAAAUAUCGAGCAAAAACAAAAAGUCGACAGCCAAAGUCUUUGGUAUUUUAUACGGCGGGACCAUCGUCUGCGGCAGGACCACCGGCUAGUAGAAGAACAUCAGCGCCAGAAAAAACAACCAGCUACACCAUCAGCAGCAUCAAGAUCGGAUCCUUUUACAUCAUCUUCAGGAGGAACACGCAUCAAUAAGGAAAUUUUAAAAACUGUACGGCCAAAUAUCGAGCAAAAACAAAAAGUCGACAGCCAAAGUCUUUGGUAUUUUAUACGGCGGGACCAUCGUCUGCGGCAGGACCACCGGCUAGUAGAAGAACAUCAGCGCCAGAAAAAACAACCAGCUACACCAUCAGCAGCAUCAAGAUCGGAUCCUUUUACAUCAUCUUCAGGAGGAACACGCAUCAAUAAGGAAAUUUUAAAAACUGUACGGCCAAAUAUCGAGCAAAAACAAAAAGUCGACAGCCAAAGUCUUUGGUAUUUUAUACGGCGGGACCAUCGUCUGCGGCAGGACCACCGGCUAGUAGAAGAACAUCAGCGCCAGAAAAAACAACCAGCUACACCAUCAGCAGCAUCAAGAUCGGAUCCUUUUACAUCAUCUUCAGGAGGAACACGCAUCAAUAAGGAAAUUUUAAAAACUGUACGGCCAAAUAUCGAGCAAAAACAAAAAGUCGACAGCCAAAGUCUUUGGUAUUUUAUACGGCGGGACCAUCGUCUGCGGCAGGACCACCGGCUAGUAGAAGAACAUCAGCGCCAGAAAAAACAACCAGCUACACCAUCAGCAGCAUCAAGAUCGGAUCCUUUUACAUCAUCUUCAGGAGGAACACGCAUCAAUAAGGAAAUUUUAAAAACUGUACGGUAUGGUAAAAAUUAAAAAAAAAAUAUUUACAAUUCAAAAAAAUAAUAAUUAAAAAAAAACAUCGAUAAAAAUUGUCAAUUAUAUUUCCAAGGCCCUUUUGUGGCCCUUUGAAGGAUGUUGAAACAUUGGGUGGAACAUAACAAAUGAAAACUUAAAACAUUUAAAAUAUUAA